GGAUCAAUAAUAUCCAAACCAUUUUGUCUAAUUUGGCCUGUAACUUCUCGAAUCUGAAUUUUUCUACUCGAAAAAACCCUAAAAUUCGAAAUUGGAUCCAAAAUUGGGGGUUUUGCAAAUCUUCAUCAAAUCUUGCAAUUGAGGGGUCCUUGGAGUAGUCCAAAGAUACGUGAAAGAACGAAAAAGAAGAAGAAAGAUGUCUGAUGAAUAUUUGCCUCAGGAAUCCAGAUCCCUAACGAAGAAGAGCAUACCAGGUCUUGCAAAGGGAUGUGCAUUUCACCGCCAAGAAGAUGCUCGCCUAUUUGCCCCCGAAAGUCAUCUUAGCUCAUCCCAAGAAGAUUCCCCCUCGGAUUAUGUGGUGAAAUGGAUAGCCGUUUGCAAGACCUGGGUUGAUUUGGUGUGGCCUUACUGAAUGCGCUAUCUUCAAUGGUUCUCGAUUUAGGAAUUUUCUCCGGAGCUCCUCAUCAGAUUAUAAAAAGUCUCCUCUGAUGAAACGGGAGGAAGUUUAUAGGCCCAAACAAGAAGGUGGACUGGGCUUGAAGAAUCUGCAGGUAUGGAAUAAGGCUUGUGUUAUGAAGUUAAUUUGGGAUAUUGCUUCUAAGAAAGACAUUCUGUGGGU